AUGCCUGAUGUAAAAAAGAAACCUAGAAAGAUAAGCUGUCUACCUUGCCGAACCAAGAAAGCUAGAUGUGAUGGACAGGUACCUCAUUGUAGUCGUUGUAUCCGAAAUUCUCGAGAGCAUCUCUGUAUAUACCCUAAACCAAGAACCUAUGGCCGACCACCCAAGAAUGCAGUUUUUCUCAAAAACCAAGAUUUAGUAGUAUCUUCCACCACAACCCAAGCGACACCAAAGCAAAUAAAGGAGAAGGAUACCAUUCAAUGCCGGGAAUUCAUCUUUGAAAAUCAAUCUGGUUUCUAUCCAGCAAAGACAUCAUCUCUGAUGGAGCAACAGCAGCAACAACAAGCACAAGCACAGCAACAACCAUCAUCAUCAUCUACACCAUUAUCCCCUACCGAAGUUCUUGUCAGAGAGCGCUUUCAAGCGCCACAACGACUCAUCAAAUUUUUCAAUCAAAUCUUGGACAUUGAAAGAAUCUACUCAUUGUAUCUCACUCGCGGCUAUCAUCUACGAGAGUCUCUCAAAGGGUAUCAGUUAUCUCCUCACUUUAAAUUAAGUUCGUUACACCAGCAUUUCACUUGGCUAUCCACUAGUCUUGUCAAUCUCACUAUCAAGAGAACCUGCCAGUUGUUCAAUAUCGAUAGUUUUUUUGACCCAGAACUCACCAUCACAGCAUUCAUGAGAGAAGAGCAAGUCAAUGUAUUUUUCUUCAACACCAACAACCAAUACAACUUAAGCUCGCCGCUGAAAUCCAUACCCACAGAGCAAGCCAUUCAAUUGAUCAAUUACUUUUUCCAACUGCAUCCUUAUCACAUCUUAAUCAACAAGACAAAACUACUGCAGGAUUACUGGAAUGAUUCUGUGGAACCUUUGUUAUUGUGCGCCAUCUAUGGAAUUUCCAUGUACACAUGUCAGCAAACCGUAAAAGGCGGAGCCUACCGACUUUGGGAUAUGCAGCGCAAUCCAUUUUUGAAUUAUGCCUACGUUUUGAUGGAAAGGUUCUUUAAGGAACGCAACCUCAGAGGCACCAAAUCACCGUCGUCUCUUGGCAACUAUCAAGCUGCUGUCAUUUUGGGCAUCUUUGAAACACUGUUUGGUCUACCAAAGCACGGCAUGACCAUCAUUUCUCUUUCUUAUAUGAUGGCAGCAGAUUUAGGCAUCUUUAGCAGUAAUGUCAAGGUGACAGAUGGUGUGAUUGAUCGUGAUCAUGUCACACAUGAAAGUGGACAUCGAAAUAUCAAAGACUAUGAUCCCAUUGACAAGGAACAACUCAUCACUACCUACUGGGCAGCACUGAGGUCGACAGCCUAUGGGUGUAUAGAAUUGGGGCUCUAUCUCAGAGAUUCGUUACUGUACCAUGGUCAGCCUUUCCCACCUGCCAACAAAGAGACAUCAGCAUCAUACCAAUACGACUUGGCUCAUAACAAUCAAUCAUCAUCAUCCACAUAUCUCAUAGAAACUUUUCAUACCGAAAUGGUCAUCACCUAUUUCAGCUCCAAACUCUUUUCCUGCCUCCCCAAGUCUGAAUACAAUGUUUUUGGAUGCAAAACAUAUCCAGCACCACCACCCACCACCAUUGAAAAACAACACAUUCACGACCAUCAAAUGCUGUUACAGCUACUAGGCGCUGCAGCUGCUUCAACUGCUUGGUUUAAUAGCGAAACUGAUUGCAAGGUACAGCUGGUGCUCAACGACUUUUCUGACUUUAUUGCACAAGAAAGCUAUCAAUGGUCAUUUCAACAACAGUAUACCAUUAAAACCACAUAUUACCUGUAUUGCAUCCACUUUAGCUUUAUCAAGCCUGGCAACAACGAAGCGCCCAUGCGAUAUCAACAUAUUGUCAAACCCUUGGACCUCACCAAUUUACGCAUUGCAGCACGCAUUACCAACUUGUCACCGACCACCACCAUGCUGUUGACAUUGCUACAAAAUUUUUUGCAAGAAAUCGACGACAAGAAGCUCUACAAUGAAGCCGGUCUUGGCAUUAACAACGAAGAGGAACCCAGCUUUGUGAGAUUACUGCCGUUUGGCAUCAUGUCGUUGGCUCUGGAAACCCUUGUGGAUAUGACCAUAGUGCAGUACCAGCUUGGCAUCUAUCCAGACAGAAUUUACGAUCAAAUUCGAGCAGUGAACACGAUUGCCAAGCAUGUGCUCUUUUGGCUACCACAGCUACAGGCGUCCACAAAGAUUAUUUACAAGAAGCUCAAAGAUUUCUUGCGGUUACAUCAGAUUCCAAUGACGAAAAACACUUUUAGCAAUGAUGAUAUAAUGAGCAACAGUACCACCACCACCACCACCACCACCACCACGAUCAACCCUACCAUUUCUGUUACACAGCCUCCGCCACCUCCUUUGUGCUCUACAAUUACCACUACUGCAACCACUGAUUUCGGCGCUGGUAAUCUGUCGUUCCUAUUUUUGGACGAAAAUCAAAUGUUUGCAUCUGAAGGGAGCAGUGUGGGCUCUGUAACAAGUGCUACUGGAAAUCCAGCAUCUGCUGGAUUUUUGCAAGAUUUCGAUAGUCUUUUUCAGAGUGCAUUUGACGGCAUUUGUUGA